AUGGACCGUGUGGGAAAGAUCGUGUUUUACGAAGACAGAAACUUCCAAGGUCGCUAUUAUGAGUGCAACAGUGACUGUCCCGAGCUCAACACCCACUUCAGCCACUGCAACUCCAUCCGAGUGGAGAGCGGGGCCUGGGUUCUGUUCGAGAGGCCCAACUACCUGGGCUACCAGUACGUCCUGACCAGGGGGGAGUACCCUGACUACCAGCGCUGGAUGGGCUACAACGACAGCAUCAGGUCAUGCAGGAUCAUAAGAAAUACCUCCAGUGUGUUCAGGAUCCGUGUCUACGAGCGUCCUGACUUCAGCGGUCAGAUGCUGGAGUGCACUGAAGAUGUGAACAACCUGCCCGAGCGCUGGCAACUGCGGGAGGUUCACUCAGCCCAGGUGCAGGAGGGCGCCUGGGUCUUCUACGAGCUCCCCAACUACCGCGGACGUCAGCACCUGCUGGAGAGAGGAGAGUACCGCCGCUUCAACGAGUGGGCGGCCAUGAACCCCAACGUGGGGUCCUUCCGCCGUGUCCAAGACUUUUAG